AAAUGCGAUCGUGACUGUCGAGUGGCCAGCAGGUGGCGCUGCCCGGCGCACUCUGACCCACAGAGCGCGAGAGUAAAAAAAAAAAAAGUUUGAGUGCUGCUGUGAUUUAGCGCAUGCGCGGAGCAGCCCGCCUGGCCAGUUCCUCUGGAUUACUUUACCUGAAAGGUGCAUCAGUUUCGGUCAGGAGAGAAAGGAAGGGAAAAAUCCGGAGCAGCGAGCAGGGGGGGCUCGGCCACCAUCCCAGCCGCGCGGAAAAGUCGAGCUUCGACGACCGAGAGUUGGAGCCCCCAGUUGUGGUGCUUAAUCCUCUUUAGUGAAACAAAGAUUACGAUACAGUGAAAGGUGGGGGAAGAGGAAAAAGAAAAAGCUGCGAAAGGCUCCAAAAGCUUCCCGUGGCUCCAGGCAGGUGUGCUGGUUGUUUUUCUGAUCACGAAACGACCGACUGACCGGCCCUUGGAGGUCGGCGUUCUCGCUGACCGUGUAGACGGACCUCCACAUUUGAGCUCCCGCGUCGCUCCGUUCUUGUCGCCGCGGUUGGUGGCGGUUGUGGUGAUAGUGGGGGGUAAGGAGAAGGAGAAAGGAUGAUGGGCUUCCUGCGCAGGACGUUUAGCCUCCGUUCGCGGAGGCGCUUUCGACCCUCAGAUGAGCUGGACGGCAGCGGCGGGACACCGCAGCAGCAGCAGGUGGUCCACUCCUCCUCCGCUGCCGCAGACGCCGCUGUGGUGGCCGGAGGAACAGUGGUGCACAUCCCAGCCGCGGGCAACAGCAAGGCGGCCAUCACCUGCAGGGUACUGCUGCUCGACGGCUCCGAUGUCAGCGUGGAGUUACCGAAACAUGCGAAGGGACAGGACCUGUUUGAUCAGAUCAUGUAUCAUCUGGACCUGGUAGAGGCUGAUUAUUUUGGGCUGCAGUUCAUGGAUCCAGAGCAGGUUAUGCACUGGCUGGAUUCAACCAAACCCAUAAAGAAGCAGAUGAGAUAUGGCCCUCCAUACAGGUUGUAUUUCAGAGUGAAGUUCUAUUCCUCUGAACCCAACAAUCUUCAUGAGGAGUUCACCAGGUACCUUUUUGUGCUGCAGCUCAGACAAGACAUUCUGUCCGGCAAGUUAAAGUGUCCAUAUGAUGUAUCUGUGGAGCUUGGGGCUUAUUGCCUACAGAGUGAACUGGGUGACUGUGACCCGUUGGAACACUCUCCGUUGUUGGUGUCAGAGUUUCGUUUUUCUACCAAGCAGACGGAGUUGAUGGAGGCAGAUAUUUACCGCAAGUGGGCAGAGUGCAGGGGAAUGAGUCCGUCGCAGGCCGAGCUGAAUUUUCUGAAUAAGUGUAAGUGGCUGGAGAUGUAUGGAGUGGACAUGCACUUUGUGAAGGGUCGUGAUGGAGGAGAGUAUGCUCUGGGUCUUACUCCAACUGGAAUUCUAGUGUUCGAAAGAUCCUGCAAAAUUGGCCUCUUUUUUUGGCCCAAAAUCACACGUCUCGACUUUAAGAAAAACAGACUGACACUUGUUGUGGUGGAAGAUGAUGAACAGGGCCAUGAGCAGGAACACACGUUUGUUUUUCAGCUUUCCAGCUCACGAGUGUGUAAGCAGCUAUGGAAGUGUGCAGUAGAGAGCCAUGCGUUUUUCCGCCUCAGACAGCCCACCCAGAGCAAGGCCAGUCGCAGUGACUUCACACGUCUUGGCUCACGCUUCCGCUUCAGUGGAAGGACGGAGUACCAGGCGACUCACUCGGGCAGAGUAAGGAGGGCCAGCACUUUCGAGAGACGACCAAGCAAAAGAUACCCUUCCAGAACACAGUCAUUAGGCAAGGUCAUUACUCCUGCAAAACAUCAACAUCUAAGUGCCCUCCCCAGCCCUGACCCCAGCUUAAAACCGUAUCAACACAACAUUCCGAUUGGUCAGGAGCCCUGGGCCAGGACACACACCCCUAGUUUGACCCCUCCUCUCUACAUACAGCCUGCUGAAUUUGGACACCCCCCACCACCGCACAGACCACCCCAUGCAGACAGACCCUUCGUGAACGAGGUGGUGCCAGAUGGCAGUUUCCCUCUGAGCAGUGCAGACACUCAGAGAUUCAGCCUGGAAGAGAAUGAAGCCCCGCAUUCUGGAAAGGUCUAUCGCUGCUACCAUCGUCAUGGAUACGAGAAACAAGAAGCCCAGUGUCUUUCCUUAACCAAACCAAAGUCAUGGGUUAUUCCUGCUGGACACCCAGAAGAGUAUGACCGACCUUUGCCAAGUCCAAAUCAUUUGGACCCAGAUUCUACACCCUGGCCGGCCCUUCACAUCAACAUCGACACAGCAGAAGAAAAGCCGUUAUCGGAGAAAAGCCUCCCCUCGUCUCCCUGUGGCUUACAAGAUCAACUCAAAAGCAAUAUUCUGAGACAUGUGAUGCAUAGUGAGAGUGGAAGUUCGAGGGGUAACUCCUCCAGUGGUGACCAGAACAACAGACUCCCCAGCUCCUCUCAGGAUUCAGCUUCUAGCAGUAUGAACAUGGAGAGGCCGAGAGUGGAACGGCGCAAACGUCUUGUCAGACAGUACAGCUUUAAUCACAGUGAUGAAGAUGACCUCCCAGAGGCUCUUGCUGCCAUUUCUUCUGAGAGCAGCAUGGGAAAAUCUGCAUCUAACAGCUCGCUGGACAAACAGGUCCAGCCACCGAUCUACCCACCGCAAAAAAGCGUCCCUCCAUUGGAGCACUGUGACAAAUCUCCUCUGUUCUACCCAAGCCCAGUCCCUCACCUGCUGCCAUUCAGUCCGCACUCAGACAGCAGUGAUGAGCUGAAAAUGGACAGAGAAAAACUGCUGAGAGCAUUACUAAUGACAGAACUCUGAAACCAUAUACACAUCCAUGAGCAUAAUUGAACAGAAUUUAAUUCAUUGAACUGUAAGUACUUUUU